UUAUCCAUCGUUUUUAUCUGAACUACUGAGUUACUGGGAAAAACCGAUGAACAGGAAUUUCUGUUUCUCGUUCGAUUUCGGCACACAGAUCACCAACGGACGUUUGAAAGUAAAAGGCAAUCUAAACAAAGCAAUGUACAGCCUCCGCGACUUCUCUCAGAAAGAAAAAGAGCUAAUGAAAUUCGCCGAAUUGUCUGGAAUCGUUAUGAAUCCCAGAAUUCUGAGAAGCAUCAUUGAACUCCUUCAGGCAAACACUUCUCCAGCAUCUAUCAUACAAAUGUUGAAUGAAUUAUCAAUCUUUCGUGUUCAGGAGAAGACAAGGAGACAAAGAUGCUAAAACAUUUGAGUGAAAAAUGAUUUUGUAGCAAAUGAACUUGUUUCUCUUCAAAUAUAUUUUUUUAAAUUCCCUUUGCAUUAGAAAAUGCUACAGUAAAGUAGUUUGAUGGAGAAGGUUUCAGCCAAUUCUGUGUUCUUCAAUGUUUGUUAUUUUUCAAGAUUUUGGGUAAUGAAGAGGGAAGUUGUUUUAAAACAAAAAUUCUUUAAAAAAAAAGUUCUCAAUAAAUAAUUCCUCAGUAGGGUAGUUGACUUUUUCCAGAGGAAAAAUCUUGAUUGAUUCAAGUUGAAUUAAACUUCAAAGGGUACCAAUUCAGCCAGUUUAACUUGAUAGCUGUUUCCAGGAAACAUAUACUGAUGGAUAUGAUAAAAAAAAAAGGGUGCAGGCUGAAAAAGUUUACCGAAAACAACAGCUGCACAGAUUGAAAAGUUUUGAAAUUCAAGAAGGAACAAGAAAAAAUAUGAAGAAAAAUAUUCGUUUCUGUCAAUUACAGGUUAGAUGGGCGAUUGAAACCUCUGCCACCUAUUUUGUACGGCGAAGAAAAGAAAAGAAAAAGAAAAAAAAAAAGAAAAAAAAAAAAAGAUGCGCU